GCAGUCAGCAAAAAGCCAGUGCAAUCCAGCGGAGGACAGUGGGACCACACAGGGAAGCUACAUAAAGUGCAUGACAAGCGCUUGGGGGACAAACAGAUGACCAUGGUAACCAAUCAGUGUCUGUAUUUCCAAGUUGCGAGACGAGCUCGCCCAAUCAGAAGCGAUAUUCAUGCGUACCGAGAGAGAUUGGCCCAAUGAGGAAGCAACGAAGCGUCUCCCGGCUGUCUAGGUUUGCGAUGUGAACAAAGGGAGUCAGUGCGCUUGGAAAGACGCGCUGCCUGUGACAGUCCGCUCCGUCUGAUGCACGCCGCUGAGAGCAGCGCUUAGACGCCUCGGCAGGGCUGUCCAAACCAUUCGUAACUUCUCUCAGUCGCUCUUGUCAGGUCUACGUGCAAAGGACAUUACUGACUGAGGCCAAAUCUCUGAUUUUUGAGAAUGUCUCUGGCCGAGGAGCGUGAGGAAGGGGAAUAUGAGAGAGCACCCAAACGGUUCAAGACGGCAGAAGCGGAGGAGGGCGAGGACUUGGAAGAAGGGGAGGACUCGGAUUCGGCAUCAGCCGGACUGAUAGGGGACGUGGAAGAUGUGCCCGUGCCAGGUGGGGACAAAAGGGCACACUGGUCAACAUCAAAAUGUGGAUCGAGAGGCAAGGACAGUGGGGAUGAUGCCCACAGGAUUGCCCCAUCCCCAGUGGUGCACGUGCGCGGCCUUUGCGAGUCCGUGGUGGAGGCCGAUCUGGUGGAAGCCCUGGAGAAAUUCGGCACCAUCUGCUAUGUUAUGAUGAUGCCCUUCAAGCGGCAGGCCCUGGUGGAAUUUGAGGGCCUGGAGAGUGCAGACAAGUGUGUGGCGUGUGGAACCAGUGAGGCCGUCUACAUCGCAGGCCAGCAGGCCUUCUUCAAUUACUCCACCAGCAAGAGGAUCACCCGGCCCACCAACUCGGACGACCCUAACAGCGGGAACAAAGUGCUGUUGCUGUCCAUUCAGAACCCCCUUUACCCCAUCACCACAGAUGUUUUGUACACGGUGUGUAACCCUAUCGGCAGCGUGCUGCGCAUCGUCAUCUUCAAGAGGAAUGGGAUACAGGCCAUGGUGGAGUUCGAGACGGUCCAGAAUGCCCAGAAAGCCAAGGCGGCUCUGAAUGGAGCGGACAUAUACGCAGGCUGCUGCACCCUGAAAAUUGAGUACGCCCGGCCAACACGCCUUAACGUAAUACGAAAUGAUAAUGAUAGUUGGGACUACACUAAGCCGUAUCUGGUCAGGCGAGAGCAGGGAAAGGGCAGGCAGCGGCAGGCUAUUCUGGGGGAGCAUCCGUCGUCCUUCAGCGACAAUGGCUAUGGGUCACACUGCCCCCUGCUGCCUCUGCCCAGCAAUAACAGGUACAAGAGAGGUUCACACGACAUCCCCGAGGUGGUGGCCUACCCACUGCCCCAGACCUCAUCCUACAUCGGCCACUCCUCCAGCUCGGUCGCCAUGGUGAGCGGCUUGCACCCCACCAAGAUGAACUGCACCCGCAUCUUCAACCUCUUCUGCCUGUAUGGCAACAUUGAGAAGGUGAAGUUCAUGAAGAGCGUGCCGGGGACCGCGUUGGUGGAGAUGGGGGACGAAUACGCAGUCGACAGAGCCAUCACCCACCUCAACAGUAUCAAGGUCUUCGGCAAGCGCCUCAGUGUCUGUGUGUCCAAGCAGCAUGCCGUCAUCCCCAGCCAGGUGUUCGAGCUGGAGGACAGCACCAGCAGCUACAAAGACUUUUCCAUGACCCGCAACAACCGCUUCACCAGCGCCGGGCAGGCCUCCAAGAACAUCAUCCAGCCACCGUCCUGCGUGCUGCACUUCUACAACGUGCCCCCCUGUGUCACGGAGGAGGAACUGCAGAGGUUGUGCUCCGAACAUGACGUUCCCGGCUACAUCAAGUUCAAAGUGUUUGAUGCAAAACCCUGCUCAAAAACCAUCUCGGGGUUGUUAGAGUUUGACAGUAAGACGCAUGCUGUGGAGGUGCUGACGGUGCUCAACCAUUACCAGAUCAGGAUACCGAAUGGCUCCAACCCCUACACCCUGAAGCUGUGCUUCUCCACAUCAUCGCACCUCUGAAGGCCGCCAGCGCCCCCUAGAGAGCAGUGGCAGUGUCGCAGGUGAAAGGGGGAGAGGGCCAGUGCAGGCCCCUUGUUCUCCUGCCCCCGAUUCAUAGAGAUCCUCACACGAGAGGGCAAAGCCAUGGACAGGACAUUCCCGCCAUCUCUCUUGCUUUUUUUCUUUAGUAAUAAAUAUCAAGCAACACUGAGUGAAAAGGAGCCCGCCCACAACCCCAUGAGUCUUCGGAGCUGUUUUCCAAUGUAACUCCAUUUGGACCAAGUGAUUUCAGGUGUUUGCCGAAGACAUAUUUUUCUCACUUUUAUCCCUGCAUCUAACAGUCCAGCUGGUCCAAGCAGCCUUCACUGACUAUCUCCAGUUUAGCAGAUAAGCACUGACAUCUUUCUUUUCCAGCUGUGUAACACUGACUGCAUUUUCAGGACUGGGUCGUCUUUCAUCCACAAUGUCAGUGCCCCGCGGCUCCCAGAUUGAUACUUCAGGAGGGCAGUAUGUGUAUAGACUGUAAUCAUGUAGACCACUAUGUAAUAUAUGAAUGUGUAUAGAACUUAAGGGCAGGGGUGCAUCCUGUUAUGACCUGGAGUCUUACUGCAGGAAAGUGAGAGCCUUUGCUGUCUAUGGGCAGGGGACUUUUUUGAGCUCUAGUGUUUCUGGCUGGAUGUUUACAGGGAGAAUCCCCACGCCCGUCUCUCCGUCUAUCUGUCGGGUCCCCGCUGCCGUUCUCACUGUGAGUCUGCCGGUCGUUAAACAUUCACCAUUCCUGUGCGGCAUCACGCCUUCCUUCAUUACAGUGUUUUCUCUGUAGCGCUGGAUUGUCAGGAGCUCGUUGUUUCGAAAUAAAGCGCUAAACUUGG